AUGUUGGUCUCAAAUUUUUAUUGUAUUGUUUUCGUAAUGCUCGGGCGUUUGGGUGGUUGUGGCCAUCUUGGACCGUUGAGAAGCCGUGUUGUUGGUACAAAUCGAGGAUUGGCUGCGCCAGAGCGUUUGGGUGGUUGUGGCCAUCUUGGACCGUUGAGAAGCCGUGUUGUUGGUACAAAUCGAGGAUUGGCUGGUGGGGGACAUGGACAUGGAAAUGAGGGAGAUGCAAAGGUUCAGCGCCAGGCAUACGACUAUCGACCUGGUCAGGACACUUACGCCUACGAGAAUCCCUGGCCCAAGCUGAAUGGUGGACGAUUCGAUUGGCUCUUCGGUGAUGGAUGGCGGCAUAAAUUUCAACGAGGCGGUGAUCAUCAUCGAGGAGGUGGACGAAUGAGUGGCGGAGGACGCGACUUCUCGAGUGGACCUCGUCGCGAUUUCCAAAGAAACAACUUC